CGACAACUGCAAGAGCCCUGUGGAAUGCAGUUAUGCAGCCCUUUGGCUGCCCCGAGGUCCUCCAUUCCGAUCAGGGGGCAAAUUUUGAGUCUACCCUGAUCCAUGAACUAUGCCAGUUGUACGGCUGCCGGAAGACCCGUACCACGCCGUACCACCCGCAGGGCAACGGCAGUUGUGAGCGGUUUAAUCAGACCUUGUUGAACCUUCUGGGGACCUUGGAGUCAGAACAGCAGAACAGGUGGGUGGAACACCUUCCGUCCCUGCUCCAUGCCUACAAUAACUCUGUCCAUGCCACCACAGGCUAUGCGCCCAGUUACCUGAUGUUUGGGAGACACACACGGUUGCCGGUAGACCUACUCCUAGGGACGACCCCAUCGGAGGGGGUGGGCAGCAUAUCCGAGUGGGUGAGUCAACAUCACGAGCGGCUUCGAUAUGCAUACAGUAAAGCCUCUGAGAACCUAGGUGCUGCUGCUCAGAAGAAUAGGCGCCUCUAUGAUCGGACAGCCCGGGAAGCCCCGCUGUUACCUGGAGAACGAGUCUUGGUCUGGGACAACCGGCGGCGGGGAAAAGGGAAACUGAGUGACCGAUGGGAGUCCCAGCCCUACGUCGUGGUGAGCCAACGCCAAGAUGACCUGCCGGUCUAUGUCGUAAGGCCCGAAGGAAAGCCAGGGCCUGAGAGGGUGUUACACCGAAAUCUGUUGCGGCCAUGCCCACAUUACCCCCAAACUACAGCGGAGGGUACAGAGAAACAAGGGAAUCCCUCGUUACCCUUAAUGGGAUGGACAUGGGCCCCGGUAGACUUAAACCAGCCUGGACAGGGUUUGUCUGGGUCAGACCCCGUCCCUGGACCCCGGCGUUCCCAGAGGGAGACGCAGGGCAGGCCACCCGACAGGUGUGCAGCGGGAAGUUGGGGCUUGGUGAUUGGCACACAGGGUGUAGAUUGGUGUUCUUUAGGCCGCCGCUUGCAGUCGAGGUUAUGCGUGGCUCGGGGAAAGUCGUGGCAGACAGCGGGCGUUUGCAACAAGGCCGCCGGACCGACGUGACGAUCCCGGUGGGAGACGCGACGGGGACUGCUCGCCUCGCCACCAGCUAGCCCUGAAGCCGGGUUGCCUUGCUACCGAAGCGCCAUCGGAUGCCAGAGGGGUGGAAUCGUCCACCCCUCGCAAAGCUAAGUAACCUGCCCUUUGCUAUGCAGCGACUGCUCCUGUGAUGUGAAUCUGGCUACAGCUGAGUCUACUUCCUCAACUGCAUUAACGUUAUCCCAUCAGCUGCUUGUUCGACUAGUCUGCUACAGUCUGCUACUGUCUUCCGAUUGAUGAGUGCUGCCGCUCCUGAACUGUAAACACUGGAUCUAGCGACGUCAUAAAGACUGUUUACCCAGAGACUAACGUGACGUUGCUAACGGCGGCGCUGACUGUCCGUGGCGGCCAUUGGGCUAAUGUCUCUGUUUUAUUGAAGAUGCUCCUUGUCCCUGUCCUUUACAUUGUUAUGUGCUGGCGCCACGAGUGUUGCCAGCGAGGACUAUUUUCUACUCCCACCUCAGUGCUGAACCAGCUAGCUGCAUCCUGUAGCCACCAGCUAACUCCAUCCCCUUUAGCUCCCUCUAUGGCCCUUCUGCAGCGGCCGUAAUACUGACUGACAUACGUGGCCUCAGCCACUCUUUCUUAUAGCCGAGCCUAGUGGCCAUAACAGCCUAGUGGUGUGGGGUGCAGUGUUUUGAGAGUGCUGUGCUGUGUAAAGUGACCAACGGGGCGGACUGUCCCCCUUACUUCCAUUGAACUGUUUUCUGUUAUAACACUGAGUGCUGUGCCGUGAUAAUUUGUUCAAACAGCGUGACUGUCUUUCAUUAUUGUGUGUAGUGGACUGUUUGCUUCCUGUUAUUCCCUGGGCCUGGCUGUACAAAGAGGGUGUGGACGCGUAUGGUAAUUCGCCUCUGUCUUACUGUCUGAACAGC